AUGGGCUCUAACGGCCCCCAGAAGACAUUCCACUGCGACGCACUGAUCGUGGGCGCAGGGUUCAGUGGGAUAUACGGUCUCCACAAACUGCGCAAGCUUGGCCUAACAGUCCAGGUGUUUGAAGCCGGAGGUGAUCUGGGCGGCGUAUGGCACUGGAACCGCUAUCCAGGCGCGAGAGUCGACUCAGAAUGGCCGUAUUACCAGCUCAGUCUCCCAGAAGUGUGGAAGGACUUUUAUUUCACCGAGCGCUUCUCCAGCAGUGAAGAAGUCAGAGCGUACUUUGCGCAUGCGGACAGGGUUCUAGACCUGAAGAAGGAUAUCCAAUUCAACGCACGAGUCAACUCGGCCACCUGGGACGCAACCACGUGUCGGUGGACAGUCACGACGGAGGCAGGGCAUGUAGGGGUCGCCAAGUAUCUCUGCCUCUUUACUGGUCUACUGCAUCGCCAGCACUUGCCCGAGUUUCCAGGGUUGGAAACAUACAAGGGACAGACUUACCACUCCACUGCUUGGCCCGAGGAUGUCGAUAUCACUGGCAAAAGGGUUGCUGUAAUCGGAGCUGGUGCAACUGCGGUGCAAGUGGUUCAGGAAGUCGCCAAAAAGGCGAGUCACCUGGCGAUGUUCAUGCGAAGACCCAGUCUCUGCUUACCCCUGGGCAACCGAGACAUCAGCGAGGGAGAGCAGGACUCGUGGAAACCCUACUUGAGGAUUCUGUUUGAUGCUGGCAGGAAAUCCGCCGGGGGAUUUCCACGUCCGCCCCCUACGAAGGGCAUCUUCGAGCUCUCAGACGCCGAACGAGACGAGCAUUACGAGACAAUAUGGAAGUCUGGCGCAUUUAACUUCUUCGGAGGCAACUUCCGUGAGACCUUGGUCGACCAUCGAGCAAACCGCAUAGCUUACGACUUCUGGGCAAAGAAGACGCGUGCGCGGUUCAGCAACCCUGUCAAGCGAGACCUGAUGGCACCUCUCGAGCCUCCUUAUCCAAUUUUAACUCGACGGUCACCGUUGGAGAGCGACUACUACGACUGCCUGGAUCAAGAUCACGUCGAGAUUGUGCCACUGUUGCAGACGCCCUUCCAGACAUUCACGGAAACUGGCAUCCAAACAGCGGACGGCCGCCUCCGUGACUUUGACUAUGUUAUACUUGCGACUGGCUUUGAAAGUUUCACCGGCUCAGUUGCGACUAUGAACGUCAAAAGCAAGGACGGUGUAGAUAUGAAGGACAUUUGGGCAGAGGGCAUCCGCACAUACCUGGGGAUGCUCGUUCAUGGCUUCCCCAAUUGCUUCCUGAGUUACAGCCCUCAAGGUACGUCCCUGACCAGCAGCACAAAGGCAGCUCGUGAUAACGAAAUGACAGCACCAACUGCACUCUCCAACGGCCCGACCAUCCUGGAGUGCCAGGUUGACUUCAUAGUAGACGCAAUCGACAAGAUGGAGAAGCAGGGCCUGGCCACAAUCGAACCAACGGCAGAGGCAGAGGAACAAUGGCGCCAAAAAAUAAUCGACGCCAGCAGCCCGACCCUCCUUGCAGAGACCGACUCCUGGUGGACGGUGACCAAUAUCCCGGGGGCGAAGAAGCAGUUUUUGUCGUAUAUUGGUGGCAUUGACCGCUAUGAAGCAGAGUGUCGAAAUGCCUUGGAGACAUGGAAAGGCUUUCAUAUCCAGGAAGCUAUGAAUGACGCUGCUCGACUCUGA